CCUCCUCUCAGACUACAUAACCAGCGCCAGUCACUCUUACGAAACGUAAACAUUGGACUGUGUUCACAAAGAGCAGCCUGUGGACAGAUUUAGACUCAUUUGUGUUAAAGGAAAUAAAAUGUCGAUUUACAGGAACGCCGUGUGGUUUGUGAAAGGACUGCAGGAGUACACAAAGAACGGUUACGAAGCUGCAGCGAAGCAUUUUGCUCCAGCAGACCUGGAUGUGAACCUGAAUGGGAGGUCCUUCAUGGUAACAGGGGCCAACAGUGGGAUAGGGAAAGCCACAGCGCAGGAAAUAGCCAACAGAGGAGGAACCGUUCACAUGGUGUGUCGAAACAAGGGGCGAGCCGACGCAGCCAAAGAUGAAAUAGUGGAAAAAAGUAAAAAUCAGAACAUUCACGUCCACAUUGUUGACAUGUCCAGUGCAAAACAAGUGUGGGAGUUCGCCCAGACCUUCUCACAAAGCAACAUCCUACAUGUACUGAUUAACAAUGCUGGCUGUAUGGUGAACCAGAGGGAGCCGACUGAGGAGGGCUUGGAGAAGAACUUUGCCACAAAUACGCUCGGUACGUACAUCCUCACUACAGCGCUGAUACCCGCACUGAAGAAGGCUGAAGACCCCAGAGUGGUCACCGUGUCGUCAGGCGGCAUGCUCACACAGAAGCUGAACGUGGACGACCUCCAGUUUGAGAAGGGGGCGUUUGACGGCACCAUGGCCUACGCUCAGAAUAAAAGACAGCAGGUGAUUCUGACAGAGAGGUGGGCGACGCAGCACAAAGAGAUCCAUUUCUCCUCCAUGCACCCUGGCUGGGCUGACACACCAGCCGUCCAGACGUCCAUGCCUUCUUUCCACGCUAAGAUGCAGUCCAAACUGAGGACCGAGGCCAUGGGGGCCGACACCGUGGUGUGGCUCGCUGUGUCUGCAGCCGCCACAAAGCAACCCAGCGGACUCUUCUUCCAGGAUCGCAAAGCCGUGGCGACACACCUGCCGCUGGCCUUCUCCCGGCCCACGCUGCAGGAGGAAGAGAAGCUUCUGGCUGCGCUGGAGGAAUUCGCCCUCAAGUUCAAACCUUAAUACCUCUGGAAGAUGCACUUAAAGCCAAACACUCCUAGAUAAUUAUUACAAAUGUUUACAUGAUUACCAACCAUGUACAGGAUGCUUUUUUACAAAGAACAAACUCUCACAGUGUGCUGAGGCCAUCUUAAGAAAAGAAGAGUUUUGUGCAGUUGUUGUGGGUUUUAUCUGAUGAAAAAUUACGCUGAAGGAAAAUCAAAAUUAGCUUUUUCAAACGCACUUAAUAGAAAAUACUGUGUACCUCAUUCAUCAAGCUUACUGUGGGAAAUAUAUCGAUCAGGGCCUAAAUACACUGAUCAGCCAAAACAUUAAAGCCAGUGACAGAUGAUGUGAAUAACGUUGAUCAUCUCCCACUCCACAGAAACUGCUCAGGAAUGACCGGAGGAACGUCACAAAGAGCUAUGGGUGUUAAUCUGGCCUCCAAAUUCCAAAUUUGUAAGAAAAUGAUGUAGUUAUUCACUUCACCUGUCACAGGUUUUAAUGUUUUGGCUGAUGGGUGUAAAUGUAACACAGUUAUGCAUGUUUGUAUAUUAAUUUCUGUAAAAUAUAUUGUUUAAUUGCAGGCCAUUAUGUUUGGUAACACAUUGUCUAAUUCAUGUUCAUUAUUGUCAAAUAAAAUGUA